AUGCAAGAGUAUGAAAACCUAAGUGAAUGUUUGUGUGAAGAUUGUCCAAGACGGACAAGAACUUUAAUUAGUACUGAUAUUGCUUUAAACAAAGAAAACAACGCAUUCUUCAAUACCUUGCCACAUUUUGAGACUGAAGAAGCUAUCUCAUGUGGGAUUCCUAUUAGUGAAAACGAACCUGUAAAUUAUCGUGGAGAUAUUAUGUUGGGUGAGAAAUUUCCAUUCCGUAAUCCAGAAACAAAUGUAGAAGAAAUUAGGUCUUAUUGGUGCUGUAACAGUUUAAGAAAAAGAUUCAAAAAUACGUUCAAAGAAAGACCACCCAUUCUCAUUAUUAACAUCAAUGUCGGAGGUACAAAAAUGAAAGACUUGCCUGUUAUACUCAAUGUUGGCCCUGAUACCUAUAAAAUAUUUGCCUGUACGUGCGGCAGCGAUUAUCAUUUUACUGCCACAAUCAAAGUAGCCGACCAGUAUUACAAGUACAAUGACUUACACCCAAAAGGAAUAUAUAUUUAUGACGGUGCUGAUAGUGUCGAAACAGCCAUCUAUUAUUUGUUAUUAUGA